AUGAUGGCGCCAUGGUUAGCUUUAGUAAUUGUUGGUGUAGUUAUUAUCGGACUGGUUGCUUUUCUUGUUCUUUAUUUCUCACUACCGUCACGGAAGAGCUUCGAUCUAAACAAGAAGCACGUCGUUGUCACUGGAGGAUCAAAGGGUAUUGGCAAGCAGUUGGCUGUUUCACUGUUAUCCAGAGGAUGUAAUGUGUCUAUCAUCGCACGAAAUGAAGCUGAUCUAAAGUUAUGGGCGGCUUUGAAAAGAGAACUUCAGAGCAAUAGCCGAUGCAACGUGCCAAAGCAGAAAGGUCUCUAUGCUACUCGUUGCGUUGUAUCUGGCAUGAAGUCACGUCGAAGCGGUCACAUUAGCUUUGUGUCUUCAGCUGCUGGUCAGUGCGCUAUCUAUGGCUAUACGGCUUAUGCACCAACGAAGUUCGCUCUCAGAGGUCUUGCUGAUGCUCUUCAAAUGGAACUAUCUCCUUACAAUGUCAACGUGUCAGUUCUUUACCCGCCAAAUACGGAUACUGAGGGAUAUAAGGUGCUGUUCAUGAGGUUUCCGUAA